CGGGAGGAGAGCAGACCCGCAGCCUCACGCAUGGAGCUAUUUGUCAUGUUUCCUCUCUGGAUGUAUCAAUAAAGGUUGAACACACUUGUUUGUGUGGCUCCAACUUUCCUGAAGGAGAAUUCCGCUCCAAACUGUGCGCCUCCGCGCCGUUUUUACGCGUUUUUCCAGGGGCUCCAAACGGAUGCGCUCCUUCAGAGGAGCAGGAGAGGAGCGAGUUCCGCGUGUGCAGUGAGCAUGCCCUGCGUCCAGACCCAGUGUGGCUCCUCUCCGCAGGGCGCGAGCCCCGCGUCCCAGGGCGCGGAGCGCAGCUGCGACUUCCUCACGCCGGAGUUCGUCAAGUUCAGCAUGGACCUGACCAACCACGAGGUGUCCGCCGCCGCGUCCGGACCCGCCUUCGGGCCCCCGGCGGACUCCUACGCCCCCGGCUACGACGUGAAGCCCCCCUGCCUCUUCCAGGUGCCGCUGCAGGCGGAGCCGCCGUGCGUAAAAGUGGAGGAGGCGCACAGCUGCCCGCGCUUCCAGCCGGAGGAGCUGGUGUCCUCCCCCGGCUCCAUCUACUUCUACCGGCCCCCCUCCCCGCACGCCUCCACCUCGCACCUGCAGACCCCGCCGGGACACAUCUGGGACGAACCGGGCUCCCUGUACAGCUUCCGGCAGGACUACCUGCACCGGAAGAGCGCGCUCUCCAGGUUCUCCCUGUUUUCCCUCAAGCACGCGCCCCACGGAAGCCCGAGCCUGUCGUGCCAGGUGAAGUUCGACGCGCAGCUGGACGCGCAGCCGCAGCUGCAGUUGGACGGCGGCGCGUCUGCGCUGCAGCCGCCGGGCUUCGCGCACCCGCUGCAGCUGGCGCACCGCUUCAUGGAGUACCAGGCGUGCUCCGGCGCCAGCAGGGGGGCGCUGGGCGCAGAGGGGCUGUGCGCGGUGUGCGGGGACAACGCCGCGUGCCAGCACUACGGCGUGCGCACCUGCGAGGGCUGCAAGGGCUUCUUCAAGCGCACCGUUCAAAAAAACGCCAAAUAUGUGUGUUUGGCGACGAAGAGCUGCCCCGUCGACAAGCGCAGGAGGAACAGGUGUCAGUACUGCCGCUUCCAGAAGUGCCUGGCGGUCGGGAUGGUCAAAGAAGUGGUGAGGACGGACAGCCUGAAAGGACGAAGAGGUCGUCUGCCGUCCAAACCCAAAGCUCCUCCGGACUCCUCUCUACGCGGCGGCGCCCUGCUCAGCGCCCUCGUCAGGGCGCACGUGGAGUCCAACCCGUCCCGCCUCGACUACUCCAAAUUCCAGGAGAAUCCCGGGAGUCCUCUGCGGGACGACGCUCAACACGUCUGGCAGUUCUACGACCUCCUGACCCGGUCCAUGGAGGUCAUCCGCGGCUGGGCGCACAGGAUCCCGGGCUUCUCCUCCCUCCCAAAGCACGACCAGGACCUGCUCUUCUACUCCGCCUUCCUGGAGCUUUUCGUCUUACGACUGGCGUACAGGUCCAACCCGGAGGAAGGGAAGCUGGUGUUCUGCGACGGCUCGGUGUGGCACCGGCUGCAGUGCCUGCGGGGUUUCGGUGAGUGGAUCGACAGCAUCGUGGAGUUCUCUGCUAACCUGCAGAGGAUGAACCUGGACGUGUCCACCUUCUCCUGCAUAUGCACCCUCGCUCUGGUCACCGAGCGGCACGGGCUGAAGGAGCCGAGGCACGUGGAGGAGCUGCAAAACAACGUCAUCAGGUGCUUGAAGGAGGGCGGGCCGGCGGACGUGGAGCGCGUGGGCUCGAGCCGCUGGUCCAGCCACCUGUCGCGGCUGCUGGAGAAGCUUCCAGAACUCCGCACGCUGUGCGUCCAAGGCCUGCAGAGGAUCUUCUACCUCAAGCUGGAGGACCUGGUGCCGCCUCCGCCAGUCAUAGAUAAGUUAUUCCUGGACACGCUGCCCUUUUAAAGACACUUUUCUAGAGGUUCUUGGGAUCAAAUGUGAGUUUUGAACCCAUAGCAACAAAGAAAUCGACGAUGUUUAUUCUUCAGUGUUAUGAAAGUUAACAAGGACUAUUUAUUUUUUUCUUUUUCAUUGUAAACAAACAUCUUUCAUUGCAGAAUUUAUCAGGUCAAACCAGCUUGGAGUGAAUGAAAAAACAGACUGUAAAUUGAAAAAAUUGAAAUAUGACAACAGUUUAAAACUAGAAACUUGAGGGAAAUAUUGAAAUAACUGCCGUUUGUUUCUGGAUGGAAUUCUAUUUGACCAAGUCUUUCAUAUAUCUGGAUAGAGGAGCGAAAUUAAAAGCUAAAAAUCUCACGAGAUUUGCACCACUUAAAUAUCUUGCACCAAGCCUCUUCCAACAGUAGGUGGCGGA